CUUCAGGAGUUGCCCUGCUGAUGAACAAAAUGACUGCAGAGUUGAAAGAGGCCAUGGCCCUAGCACCUUGGGGCCCAGUGAAAGUGAAAAAGGAGGAAGAGGAUGAAAAUUUCCUGAGUCAGGCAUCCAGCCAACAAAUGCAUGCUGGGAACAUCAAGGUCUGGGCCUCAGGAGAGGGUCCUCAGCCAGGCCUUGAUUUAUCAGAAGAGGAGAAAAAGGGUCACAACAUGUUCUGGGACAUGGCAAUGGUACUAAAAGCAACACAGGAAGUGCCUGCUGCUACAACCCCUGGCAGCUGCUCCUUCCCGGGGACUCUGGCCAAGAGUGAGACGCUGGAGAAUUAUGGGGACCGGAACUUACGAGGCACUGAAAGCAAGAACCUACAUUUACUUAUUCCCAAAACUGAAAUGUGUGAAGAAGCUGAAAAACACCUCAUAAUAUCAGGAAGAAUCCAAAAAGCUGACCCUCAGGGACCUGAGUUAGGAGAAACCUACGAAAAAGGAGACACGUUAAAAGGCCAGAGAAUAAAGAGGGAAAGAAAAGACUUCAGACAAGUGACAGUGAAGGACUGUCACUUACCUGAAAGCUUCAAAGAAGAAGAAGACCAGAAAUGUAAGAAAUCUAGGGGAAGAUUCAGCCUUGGUUCUGGCUCUGUUAAAAACCCCAAAAUCCCACCUGGGCAAAAGCCUUUUACAUGUAGUGUGUGUGGCAAGGGCUUCAGUCAGAGUGCAAACCUUGUUGUGCAUCAGCGGAUCCACACGGGGGAGAAGCCCUUUGAAUGUCAUGAGUGUGGGAAGGCCUUUAUUCAGAGCGCAAACCUUGUUGUGCAUCAGAGAAUCCACACUGGACAGAAGCCAUAUGUGUGUGCAAAAUGUGGGAAAGCUUUCACCCAGAGUUCUAAUCUGACUGUCCACCAAAAGAUCCACUCCUUAGAAAAAACCUUCAAGUGCAGUGAGUGUGAGAAAGCCUUCAGUUACAGCUCGCAACUCGCCAGGCACCAGAAGGUCCACAUUACUGAAAAAUGUUACGAGUGUAACGAAUGCGGGAAAACAUUCACGCGGAGCUCAAACCUUAUUGUCCACCAGAGAAUCCACACCGGGGAGAAGCCCUUUGCCUGUAAUGACUGUGGCAAAGCCUUCACUCAGAGUGCGAAUCUUAUCGUACAUCAGCGAAGCCAUACUGGUGAGAAGCCAUAUGAGUGCAAAGAGUGUGGCAAAGCCUUUAGUUGCUUUUCACACCUUAUCGUACACCAGAGAAUCCACACCGCAGAGAAACCAUAUGACUGCAGCGAGUGUGGGAAAGCCUUCAGUCAGCUCUCUUGCCUUAUUGUCCACCAGAGAAUCCAUAGUGGAGACCUUCCAUAUGUGUGUAACGAGUGUGGGAAGGCCUUCACGUGUAGCUCGUACCUACUUAUUCACCAGAGAAUCCACAAUGGUGAAAAACCCUACACAUGUCACGAGUGCGGCAAGGCCUUCAGGCAGAGGUCGAGCCUCACUGUGCACCAGAGGACCCACACUGGGGAGAAGCCCUACGAGUGUGAGAAGUGCGGUGCAGCUUUCAUUUCUAACUCGCACCUCAUGCGACACCACAGAACCCAUCUUGUGGAGUGACCACCAAGGAAGAUGAAGACCUCCGGCCAUUGGUCGUCUCCUGCUAACCCCGAGUUAGAUACCAGGUUGCCAUUUUCUUCCAACAUUACAAGAAUGAGGCCUGUGUCCCUCAGAGGUUUAGCACAAACACAAGAUAGUUAUCUCAGAGGUUAAAGAAUGGAAACUGAGUCCCUCGAGGCAAGGCAAGAUCUUUGUUUUGACUUCCCUAAGCAGUUGUAUUUUCUAAUGGAAUGUGGCUUUCUUAGGAAUAGGUCAUACAAAGCUAACUGAUAAAAGAGCCUAUUUGGGGAAAGGUCUUGUUUACUUACUCUUAUUUUUUAAAACUAGUAAUUGCUUGAGGCACAGCCAAAUUGUCAGCCUGGUUGAAUUCUGGAGAUUUAAACCUUUUGAUCUAAUAUUUCAGGUUGAGCGGUGGUUAGUAAAGGAAGCCACUGGGAGUAGCAGUUCAGCAACUCAUCUGUGAACAUUUACAAGCUUUCCAUUUCCUAGGUAAUUUUUAAGAAACCAAUCAGAACAACCAUCUGCUGCUCCUAAAGACAGAAAUGGGAAACAGCCUUUCCCCUUAUUAUCUAUACCUCCUGAACGUUGGGACUGUAACACUCUGGGGACCUCUGGCAAGUCUGACCGUUCCUCAGUCUGCUUGGCCGGGUGCUUGAGGGUUGGUGGAGGCACUGCAUAACAGCUACAUUGAUUUGCUGAGGUUGGCGGCUCCCUCCCAACAGCUCCACUCCCCAGAUACCCAUCGCAUUCCUUGGGUGAGCUGCAGCAGCCCCACAGCAGGAUAGGGGAGUCAAAGAAUAAAGCUUACCUGAGAUGUGUCUGGCUUGUCUCUGCUCUCAUUGUGCCCCAGCCCAGCCAGGAUCUCAGGAUGGGUUUCAUUCUCGGAUGCCGGGUGGUGUUUAGAAGAAAUGGUGGAGCUUUUCUAAUUCUGAGAGGACCGAAAAUGGAAGUAAAAGGAAGGG